GAGCGGCGCAGGCGCAGAUUUCGCCGGAUUUUGCGCAGCAGCCCUGCUGCGAGAUGAAUUGUGGCGAACUUUUGGACUUGCCAAUUCGCAGUCCGUAUCUGUAUCUUCAGUACGGAUUCUUCGCGUGGCGAGAAACAUCACUCCUCUCUUCGGUGCUACAGUCUUCAGGACUUUCGUCUGCGAUUUAUAAUUAAAUCACAGUAACUCGGGACAGACCGAACCAAAAAAAAAGAACAGAAUUCGGGGGGUAAAAAACCCCAACUGCAGUGGAGAGCAAAAUCAUUUUUAUUGACAUUCAUCUUAGUUGCUGUCGCCCGUCGCCCGUCGCCUGUCGCUGUCGCUGUCACUGUCCCUUUAUCCCUCGGUACACCCCAAAAACCCCACUUUAUAACCCCCAAGUCCCCGAUUCCCGGUGCUCGUGUGUCGCGUGUUGCAAGUGCGUGGGUCGCCCAUCAAAUCACUGGAUAUAUCUCGAGCGGUACGCGACACGCGCGCCGUUUUUGAUUUUUCGCUUAGCGGCACAGAAAUUGGGUCCCGGGAAAUCGCUUGAAAAGGAACGCAAUAUACGGAAUAUACGGAAAAUCGGGUACACACACACCCAAUAUAUAGUGUGCUUAAUGCAUUUGGCCCGUUUGGCCUAAGCCAUUCGGAGAUAUGUAAAUUAUGCCAAAUUCUAUUGGAAUUUUUGUCAACGCCAGUGAAUUGGUAAACAGCAGCCGCCCGUCGCAGGACGCAGGACGCAGGACUAAACCAACAGCAACAAGGAGAGGAGCAACAGCAGCAGGAGCACCAGGAGCAGCAGGAGCAACAACAAACCAGGAGAUUCUGGCGCACUUCUUGUUUAUUUGAGUCAUCACUGCCAUCGAACACUAUUUAAGAAUUCUUAAAAGGAUACCAGAGGCACCACCACCCCAGAGGACCAACUUUCCACUCGAAGCGAAUUAAAAGAAAAGAACUCAGCAGAACCGAGGGAGCGAGCAAAAUCAAUAGUGCCGAAGAAGUGUGGCCAAAGUGCUGAGUAAUGUGGAGUAAUGGAGACCUUUUUGCUGGCGGCGGCAACAUGAUGUGAAACAUGGCAAUCGAAUCAGCCAAAGCCAUUUAGGGUCAUCAAUUGCCAGGGUCGUGCAAAAUCGACAGCAGGAGCAGCAGGAGCAGGAGCUCCAAAGGAAGCCAUAUGCACCGCAGCAUCAUGAAGAGCAGCAGGAGGAGCAGGAACCCCAAGGCUCUGCCAGUCUGCUGGAUUCUGCUGUGCCUGGUGGCCUGGACACUGGCGGACGACUGGUCCCUGAGCUGCGCCUCGAACUGCACCUGCAAGUGGACGAACGGCAAGAAGUCGGCCAUCUGCAGCUCGCUGCAGCUGACCACCAUUCCGAGCACGCUGAGCACGGAGCUGCAGGUGCUGGUGCUGAACGACAACCACAUUCCGUAUCUCAACCGGGAGGAGUUCUCCACGCUGGGACUGCUGAACCUGCAGCGCAUUUACCUCAAGAAGUCCGAGGUGCAGUACAUCCACAAGGAGUCGUUCCGCAACCUGAAAAUCCUGGUGGAGAUCGACCUGUCGGACAACAAGCUGGAGAUGCUCGACAAGGACACGUUCAUGGGGAACGAUCGCCUGAGGAUCCUCUACCUGAACGGGAAUCCCCUCAAGCGGCUGGCCGCCUACCAGUUUCCCAUUCUGCCCCACCUGCGGACGCUGGACAUGCACGACUGCCUGAUCUCGUACAUCGAUCCGAUGUCCCUGGCCAACCUCAACCUGCUGGAGUUCCUCAACCUGAAGAACAACCUGCUGGAGAGCCUCAGCGAGUACGUGUUCCAGCACAUGGCCAACCUGAAGACGCUCUCGCUGGAGGAGAACCCGUGGCAGUGCAACUGCAAGCUGCGCAAGUUCCGCGGCUGGUACGUCACCAGUCGCCUGAGCUCCGUGAGCCUGGUGUGCAAGGGUCCGCCGGCCCAGAAGGACCGCUCCUGGGACAGCGUGGACGACGAGCUCUUCGGCUGCCCGCCGCGCGUGGAGAUCUUCAACAACGAGGAGGUGCAGAACAUCGACAUAGGCAGUAAUACUACCUUCAGCUGCCUCGUUUACGGGGAUCCGCUGCCCGAGGUGGCCUGGGAGCUGAACGGCAAGAUCCUGGACAAUGACAACGUGUUGUUCGACACGGAGAGCAUCUCGUCGGACAAGCUGUGGAGCAACCUCACCGUCUUCAACGUGACCAGUUUGGAUGCGGGCACCUAUGCUUGCACGGGUUCGAACUCCAUUGGCAGCAUGACCCAGAACAUCAGCAUCUACCUCAGCGAGAUCGUUCAGCACGUGCUGGAGAAGACGCCCGAGACCUUCUGGUACUUUGGCCUCAUCAUGGGCAUCUUCGGCACCGUCUUCCUGCUGAUCUCCAUCUCGUUCGUGGUCUGCCUGUGCAAGCGCACCACGCGGCAGCAUCGCCAUGGAUCCAACAAGGCGGGCGUGAAGUCGAGUGUGAGUUUCAACGACCAGGAGAAGAAACUCCUGGACUCCAGCGUGACCACCACCACGAAUGAUCGGGGGGAUAGCUACGGCAUCGACAACCAGCCCACCUCCAUUGGCCUGAACAAGGCGGACUCGGCGGGGAUGGGCUUCAACCAGAUCGAGAUCCACGCGGUGGAGAGUCACCGGCAUGGCAGCAUGUUGGUGCAGCAACAGCAGCAGCAACAGCAGCAACAGCAGUUGCAGGGAGGUCCCGGGAUGCGACAGCAGAUGAGCGUGCCCACCUCGAUGGCCGGCCACACCCACUCGCAUCCCGCCCAGAUCUCCGAGGAGUUCCCGCUGAACGUGGGCGUCUUCCCGCCGCCGCCGGAGUUCUGCUCGAACAUCGUGCCGAAUCCCGCCUUCGGGGGGAAUAUCUUCAUCCGCGUCUCCGUCACCCAGGACAUGCUGGACGGGGCGGACCUGAACAUGUAUCCGGAUCUGCUGAACAUUCCCAAGCGGAUGCAGGAUGUGCAGGAGAGUGGAGCUGGUGGCACGGUGGCCGUGCCGGAGGGUCAGUUUGCCACUCUGCCGCGACACGCAGCCAGGAGGGGCAUUCUCAAGAAGGACAGCUCCUUGCAACAGCAGCAGCAGCAGCAACUGCAGCAGCAACAUCAGCAGCAACAGCAACUCUACACCCAUGAUGAAAUCGUGACCUACAACCUGGAGGCCAGUGGCUACGAUCCCCACCAGUCGGCGUACCACAGCAACGCCAUGGAGCUGCCUCCUCCGCCGCCACCACCCGCCGUCACAGCGGUGGUGCAGUGCCACCACCCGAGUCCCAGCAACUGCGCCAGCUGCAUCAGCAAUGCGCCCUCCGCCUGCCCAACGCCGCCCGUGGAGGUCACGCCCAUGCGGCCGCUGGACAGCUCCGCCUACCCCAAGUACGACAACAUGGGCAGGCGGAUCACGGCGAGCGGAGGUCUGGGCGGGUCUACCCUCUCCCUGCCCGACGAGAGCGAGACGCUCUUCGGUCAGGCGGAUGGUCAAUCCCAGGGAAUCGCCGAGCAGUCGCAAGAUCUUCACCAGCCGCAGGAGGCGUCGCAGGGCCAGGACCAAGGCGGCGGCGGUCCUGGCGAGUUUGUGUCGCUCUAGUAUUACGGAACCCAGGUGUAAAUACGUCAAUAGAUUCGUGUCGUCCCCCCAAAGGCCCCGGUUCAUAUCAGUUUGAGAAGCGAGUGCUUGAAAUGAAUAUAUUGUACAUGUAGAAACCCACACAAUCUAUUGACUGCAUCACAACAUCCUGAAGAACUUGAAACCAAAGAGCAAUUCACACAGAA